UAAACUGUAAAAUAAAUAGAGCAUUAAAAAAAAAUAAUCGAAGAAUAGUAAUAAAAGCACGAAUCUCAUAUCGCCAAAUCUUUAUUUGCAAUGAAAAUGCGAGACGAGGUUUCGAGCGGGUACAUAAAGAUAUUUUACUGACACGCGACGUUAUACGCUGGGUAUCGAGCGUAAUAGUAUAAAGUACUAAAGAGGUCUUGCAGUUUCUUUUUGACGCUCAAGGCAUCAAGAACUAUCGCAAUAAGUGAUAAAUGGGUGUCGAUAAGUCAGAAGAAGAAGAAGAAGAAGAAGAAGAUGAAUCGAAAGAAGGAAGACGGAUCAGUUUGUUUGGAGUAUACUCCAAAGUAUUCAAAGUUAUGCUGUCUAAUUGGAAGGAAUCUAUUGAACACACUGAAGAAGAAGAUCGUGUAAGUGAGCUUGAUGAAUUGGUGCUGCCGAGUAAUGAAGAGUGGCGUUACCAAGUUUAUUAUAGACUUGUUGAUCUUCAGCGUGAAGUUGAUUCUGCUUUUGACAAAAAAAUUUCGGAUGAAGAUAUAGAUGUAGAAGUGAAAAGUCCAGUGCUGCAAGAUGAAGUCUUUUGGGAAUGGGAACCGAUUGCUGAGAACCCGGAAGACUUGAUUAGAAAUUCUCCAGAUAUUUUGAAUGAAAAUUUAGCCAAACGCCAGCAAAUGUUGCGACGCCUAGAGAGCCCGGAAGGUUCCAUGACGGAAGCUUACAUGGAGCCUGGAUGGAGAUUGAACGAUAUUUUGCAUGCAGCAAAAGUUCUGCAAGGGGAAUCGCUGCCACAGCAGACAUCUUAUAAUGAUGAAGCCGAAAUGCGUCGAGUGUUUGGUCUAGUUUACGACGUUUUACGCUAUAAACAGAUUCUCAACCAAGUACUCGAGGAUGUGGGCUUCUGGAUCAAUAACAGAGAGCUCAAAAAACGAGAACGGAUUAUCUGGCUGCUUUUGUUCGAUAUGCAAGGCCGUAAAUUCAUCUCUCCACCACAGAUUGCUCUCACGGAAAUGAGACAGGAACUAUUCAAAGCUGCGGGGUUGAUGGAUAUUGAAGAAGCUUUGCUGAAAAAUAAGAUCAAGAUUGCUGCUGGUGUUUCUAGAUUGAGGAUCGGUGGCUCGGCUCUUACUUUAGAUAAAUUAUUACCUGCGCACUUAAGAAAUGAAGGAAUUUGCUGGACGGAUGACGAAGCAUCGGCUUCAGGAUGGGUCAACACAAUUAAACUUCCAACUAAAGCAGAGUUCAUGGCUGAAAUGACCAAAAUGGGGUUUAAAUUAUCGGCCAACUGGCGAAGGCUUAAAGAGAAUAAUUAUGCAUUCGAUCCCAUUUGUCCGAAAGUUGUGAUUCUUCAUGAAAAAAUUCGCGAACAAUUGGCUAGGUCUACGUUAGUUCGGGAAUAUCGUUUUAUUUUUCUUGAACGUUCAUUGUGUUUCGGAGCAGCAUCAUUGGCAAAGACAAUUCGUGUGUCUCAUCUCUGCGGUCCAAUAAUCCUGACACAUCUAAUAGCCCCUCGGCAUACUGGGUACUUGGCUGGUCUAUUAAUUGACAUCGAGGACGCUGGAAGACUUCUAGCAUUUGGCGCAGAAUCAAGACGUGCUGAAUACGAAGCUUAUUUAGCAAAUCUCGGGAUCAAUGAAAAGCAAUGUAGAAUAUUUUCUGAAAGUUACAAAACAGCCCCGGGGUUCGCAGAACUGGAGCGUGCAACAGUAGUGUUAGCAACUCCUCCAUGCUCUUACACGGGCUUAACAAACAUAGUCGACCUAAUAGUUGCACGAGGAGGUGACACGGAUCUGCUCGAGUCGCUGACUAACGUCGACGACCAAGCGCAAUUAGAACGACCGCGUAAACUAUUAGCUGAGCAAAUGACUUGCUUGAAGUACAUACUCACCAGGCCCAACGUUCAGCUACUCAUAUAUGAAGCACACAGUACUUUGCCUUCAGAGACCGUUGAGAUGCUUCAGCAGGUUGUUCAGUAUGCAAACAAGAUGGCCGUUGACAAGCACACUCGUGAACACUUGCCUCGUAAAAGAACUCCCACUAAAGACUCUAGCCCUAAGAGUGGUGGAAGAUCCUCGAGAUCUGGAAAACGACCGUUGCUUCAAGAGUCCCGUACUAAGAGCUCUGGCGACGAAGAUGACGAAGAAGAAAUCUCAAGCUCUCCAGUGCCGCAAGUUCAAGUGCCUGACAGUGAUUUAUUCGAGAUAGGGAAUAUUUUCGAGCUGUACGGGCAUCACAAUAAUGAACAAAAGGAAGUAAUCGACAAUCCGCUUGCUGAAGACGGAUGUUAUCUGGCGGUAGUUCGGCGGAAAGAAAUGAUGCAAUUCAACUCGUUGUUCAUGAUCAAAGUUGCCGAGUCAAAAGGUCUUUUCGGGAAUCCCCAGGCUUCCAAAUCCCCGGUGUCGGAGCAGCAGUCUAGGGAAGAAACUUCACCGACGUCUCCGACACCCACCAUGCCAACCGUGAUUAAAAAGCUCAAGAAGGGAAAGGGGAAAGGAAAGAAGAAAAUAGUGAGAUUAGAUCGCAUUACUGCGCCAACUCAUUCCUCGAUGCUGAAAGUUGGAAGUCGCAGAACUUCUAGGCAUUCCAGGCAAUCUAUCGACAAUGAAUCAUGCGAGAGUUUCUCUGUCUCCAGUGUUAGAUUGUCCUGUCCGCGAUACAGCGAGCGGGUAGCACGCGACGAGCGUUUUAUCAGCUUCCAAGUACGGGAGACCAGACGCCAAGAUGUCAGAAGGUGGUGGGAGCAAUCUGCGACUUUCCUGAUCCACGCUGCAAGAUGCGAGCCCUGUAAAUUCAGGAUCUUUCAUACUGAUCCUUGGACCAAGAGGGUUCUUUACGCGCCGAGAGUCCAGCAGAUUGUCUUCCCUCAUGAUGAUUAUGAUCUUCAUUAUAUGGCUUUCGAUUCUGAGCUUGUUACUAUCCUGAACGAUCUUGUUAAAUUCCUUGAGCUGCUGUCCAAAGAAAUAAACCUGCCGGAUACGCUGGAGAAUUACAGAAGUAAUCUUCUGAGGCGCUCAAAAACAAGCUUGGCAUCGGCGGGUCAACGAUCCGCCUCGCCGGAGCCUUACCUUGACAUGAAUGCCGGGAAAGGUAAAGGUCUCUCGCUGGUCAAGAAAGAAGUUAAUGGUAUCAAUGACAACAACAAUCAUAAUCAUCAUCGUCAGCAGCAGCAAGUGACUGAGUACAUUGACUCAGAUAAUCCCCGGGUGUCGAGGUACUCGGCGCAAGAUUACUAUGAAACGUUUCAAGAGUUUACUGCAAAGCCUUCGGUGGAUGAUGAAGAGGACAAGUUGAAGAGUAUUUAUCGAAGCUUUUCUACUGAGCAGACACGCAGCAAGUGCCACAAAUGUGGUCCGUUGUUUCAGAAAGAGGAGCGUAGGCUGUUUGGAUUUCAGCUCUUUGAUCAAUUCCGCGAGCUUUGGAUUGGCCUCGUGGGAACACACUUACUGCUGUACGCCACCAAGAAUGACAAACAGCCGAGUGACGUAAUUUCAAUUCGUGGAUACUCUGCACGAGCGGCUACUGACUAUAUAAAAGAUUUUGAACGCAGUAAAUCUGCCUUUGAAAUAUUUUGUCCCGGUGAUAGGACGUAUCAGUUCAUUGCCAGGACCCCUAAGGAAAUGGAACAGUGGAUCGCGGUAAUCUGCCGGGCAGGUUUAAAGAAAGAGAGUGAGACAGAUAAUGUGGAUUCACAACUGUGGCCCGAGGAAGAGUACCAAGAUGUUGGCGCCGAAGCCAAGGAAAAUGAAGGUUUCGAGGAGGUUGAGUUAAGAAAAAAAGAAACAAUAGCUGGGGUCAAUGGUGACGCAAACCCGCCACCAUUACCUGCACGAAUACCGCGGAGACUUCCGUCGCUUCCUCAUGAAGAUAAAAACAAGUCUGUUGAUUUCACGGAGGAGGCUUACUAUGAGGACGAUAUUUAUCAGAUGGUCGAGGAAUUCAAACAGCCGACUAUGUAUCAGAAUGUUGAUAAGGUAAAAAUUGCCAAAGAUAAAGUUAAAUUGCCGGUUAUGGAAACUUACGAUGACAUUGUGGGUAAAAAAGAACAAAAGGUUAAACGGGAAAGUAAAAAUUUAAAAGAUACUUAUGAUGAUAUUCAUAGUCAAGUUAAAGAGGAAAGAAGUUCUGUAAUGUAUGAUGAUGUCGAGGCUGUUGAUAAUAAAAAUGCCAAAGAAUCACCGAAGAAAAAAUCUUUUUUAAAUCGCGUGAGGUACAAAAAAGAUUCGAAGAAGGAGGAAAGUAAGAAGAAAAAAGUUAAAAAUUUACCAAAGGAAGUUCACUCAAGUGUUAAAGAAAUAAAACCUGAUGAUCAAGAUACGAAACCAGAUAUUAAAGAUGCGAAACCUGAUAAUCAUGAUAUAAGAGCCGAUCGGCAGGAAAAUAAUCAAUUGUUGGAGCUACCUACCUACGAUGAUGUAUCGGAUCUUGCCAGUGAAUUUAAUAAAAAUACGCUUGAUAAUAAUAACAUGGCAGAGUAUAAUUGUCCACCAGCUCCGAGGCCUAUUUAUGCAAAACCGCCGACGAUACCGACUCCAGUAAAGUUUGCCGAAGAACCAGAAGAAUUUUACGACGACAUUGGCUCGCUGAGAAAUGUUAUAGAAGAAAAAUUUCAAAAUAAUAAUGAAAUAGUUGCUCACAAUGAGUCAUCGCUGUGCGUUAAAGAUGAACAGUCAAGAGUUAAGAAUUUGUCACAGAGUGAGUUGCGGUCAACGACAAAUGCCGUGGACGAUGAGUUGGAGCAUUACCAAGUACCACGGUCACAGGAGCCAAUUGACUCGGGUCAAUUAGACGUGACAGCAGCGACCACUACUUUUACGAAUGUUACAGACGUUAAAGAAGAACUUUACGAUGACAUUGCAAUACUCGCAGACUUCCGUGCAAGGUCACGUGACUCCGGGUGCUCAAGUUCUUCCUCGGAUAAGACUGUUAAUAAUGUUACUAAAGCCUGGAAUCGUUUUGCCAGCGGCAGAAAGCCUAAAGUUCCGAACGAACUGACCGCUGCUGAGAAAAAUACCAGACGGUCAAGCAGCCAGGAGUUUAUUGACACCUGUCUUGAUAGCCAUGAAGACGAGGGUUUCAAGCUCAAUAAAUUUCAAAAAUUAAUCAAUAAAAUGGAGUCGUCUCUGAAUAAAACAACGAAACCUAUUUCUUCUAUUAUCCAUAAAUCUCAUGAUGAAAAUUAAUUUUAACGUAACUAUUAAUU